GGCAAGUUCUUUAGGUGGCACAAGAUGGGCAAACCCCGUGGUCUGCGUACAGCUCGUAAGCAUGUCAAUCACAGACGAGAUCAGCGCUGGAAUGACAAAGAUUACAAAAAGGCACAUCUUGGUACUAGAUGGAAGGCUAAUCCCUUUGGUGGUGCUUCCCAUGCCAAAGGUAUUGUGCUGGAAAAAGUUGGUGUAGAGGCCAAACAACCCAACUCUGCCAUCAGAAAAUGUGUCAGGGUACAGCUUAUCAAAAAUGGAAAGAAGAUCACUGCUUUUGUACCUAGAGAUGGUUGCCUCAACUGCAUUGAAGAGAACGACGAAGUUUUGGUUGCAGGAUUUGGUCGUAAAGGUCAUGCUGUUGGUGAUAUUCCUGGAGUAAGAUUCAAGGUUGUUAAAGUGGCUAAUGUAUCUCUGCUUGCUUUGUACAAGGAGAAGAAAGAGAGACCAAGGUCUUAAAUUUAUGUAUUUUUAUUGAAAAAGUAAAUAAGCACAAAAAAAACUAAA